UUUGAAGUUUUGAUCUUCUUUAUAGCUGUCUCUGAGUUUUGAUCGUCUACUUCAAGUUUUGAUAUUUUUUGUUUCUCUUUCGUUGUUGUCUUUAAUUCAUAAAGUUAACAAGAUGCAAGGGGGACAAGAGUUGAGUAUAGAAGAGCUCUUUUCAAAUCUUUCUACGUAUAAAGAACAGCUUCAACAGGUCAGACAACUUUUGGUUGAUGAUCCUGGAAACUCUGAAUAUGCAGAUAUGGAAAAGGAGCUCACUGAGGUGGUGCUAUGUGUCGUGAUGUCAAGCAUGCUUUCCUCUCACCUGAUUUCCGAUGUGAUUACUCUGACUGAGGAACUCCUUGCAACUGCAAAACAAAAUACGGUUUCUGGAUCUGAUACUGGAACAAGUAAUAAUGCAUUUCCUAGUUUACUCCAGUCUGAUGGAAAUAAAACGGAAUCAGGUGGCAUCUCUGCCCAUCACCGGGAUUUUACAGUGGGCACAAAAGUUCAAGCUGUUUGGAGUGAAGAUGGGGAAUGGUAUGAUGGUACUGUUGAGGCUAUUACACCAAAUGGAUAUUAUGUAGCAUUUGAUGGUUGGGGUAAUAAGGAAGAGGUUGAUCCUGCCAAUGUAAGGCCCAUUCAAGUUAAUGCUUUGUUGGAAGCUGAGAAGGUAGCUGAAGCUACAAAACAAGCAAUAAAACGGAAAAUUGAGCAAGCUGCUGCAAUUGACUUUCAGUCACGAAGUUUACCUGCAAAGCUUCGUAUAAAUCCUGAAGACCCAGAGGAUGUAAAAGCCGCCAAACGGAAGAAAAUACAUGCUUUUAAGUCAAAGGUGAGGUUUGAGCAACUUGAGGUCUCCCAAAACAAGCGACAAAAUGCUUGGCAGCAAUUCCAGACGACAAAAGGCAAGACUAAGAAGGUAGGUUUCUUCUCGGGUCGCAAACGAGAGAGCAUUUUCAAGUCUCCUGAUGACCCCCAAGGUAAGGUUGGUGUAACAGGAAGCGGAAAGGGCUUGACAGAGUUUCAGAAAAGGGAAAAGCACCUGCAUCUCAAGGGAGGAGGAAAUGCUGAGAUCGAAGAGUAGACUGGCAACCACAUAAUAUUUCUGGUGCUUUCUGUAUCCAGGCCAUAAGUCUUCUUGCGGUGAACCAGCUCAGUCUUGUAGUUAACCCCAAAGUGAAUGGGCUUCUUCUGCUAGUGAGUAAUGACACGGGGAAGGAAUAUUGUUAAACAUGAUAUAAACACAACUGCAUUAUUAAGAACUUUUGUUUAUGUAGAAUAAUGGUAGUAUUUUCCUGAACAGUUGUUUCCUGUCAA